GCCUGCCGGCGGCCUCCGCGUCACCCGCGGUGGCCACAACAUGGCUGCGGCGCCGGGGCUGCUCCUUUGGCUGCUCUUGCUCGGGUCGCCCCGGUGGGUCCCGGGCCAGCCGGACGCCAGCCCCGGCCGGCGCUUCUCGGACUUCAAAGUGUGCGCGGACGAAGAGUGCAGCAUGUUAAUGUACCGCGGUGAGGCUCUUAAAGACUUCACUGGGCCCGAUUGUCGUUUUGUGAAUUUUAAAAAAGGUGACCAUGUAUAUGUCUACUACAAACUUGCAGGGGGGUCCCGUGAAGUUUGGGCCGGAAGUGUUGGACACUUAUUUGGAUAUUUUCCAAAAGAUUUGAUCAAGGUGCUUUACAAAUACACAGAAGAAGAGCUACACGUCCCAGCGGAUGAGACAGACUUUGUGUGCUUUGAAGGAGGGAGAGAUGAUUUUGACAGUUAUAAAGUAGAAGAACUUUUAGAGUAUUUGGAACUGGAUGACCCUGCACCUGAAGAGGCUGAAAAAGCUGAGGAAGUUUCUCAGCACAGAGAGAAAUCUCCUGAAGUGUCUCGGGAGGGUGAACCUGAUGGUCCCCCUGAGCCUGAUCCAGUCAGAGCUGAGUCAGGGGAUCCAGAUGGAGCCUUCUCAGAGAGCAGUGAGGAACUGCAGGAACAGUCCUCAGCUCGGGAGAGCCUCCCUCAUGCCAACAGUCCAGCGGAUACCACUCAGGGAAUGCAGUCUUCACGGGACACCUUCGAAGAAAUGCUGCAUGAUAAAUUAAAAGUGCCAGCAAGUGACAACAGAACCAGCAAUAGUUCCCCUGUCUCAGUGGAGCAGGAGAAGAUAGAUGCUUACAAAGUCCUGAAAACAGAAGUGACUCUGAACUUGAAAACCAAGUUUGGCUCCACUGCUGAUGCACUUGUGUCUGAUGAUGAGGCAACCAGACUGGUUACUUCAUUAGAAGAUGAUUUCGAUGAAAAGCUGGAUGCUGAGUAUUACCCAGUAGAGGCUGAAAAAGAGGAGAAUGCAGAAAGCUUUGAUGAGCCACCAUUACUAACCUUUACAGAUGAAGAUGAGAAAGCUCCUGGGAAGCCUGUGAUAGAGAAAUAUCCAAGCGAUAAGAAUCCGAACUUGAGUGAAAAGGAUAAAGUUGAACCCACUCUGCCUCCUAGCAUCAAAAAUGACAAUAAAGAUUUAUUGGCAACCUUGGGGGAUACUUUCCUCUCCAUUGUCACAGGAGGGGAAGGAAAAGCAGGUGUGGUGGAUUUAGAGAGUUCUAACUCAGAGGAAGAUGAGGAGGAGGAGGAUGUGUUGGUUUCAGCUAGCCAUCGGAAGGAGCCGCAGUCAACAGCUGGCUAUGUGGACCAUGAGGGUCAAGGAGAUGAUGUUUUUGUAGAAGACUCCAAAACAGAGCCAGAAUUUGUCAUCACAGGAGAAGAGAAGGAAAUAGAGGAAUCCAGGAGAGGCCCGGGACAGUACGAGUCAGAGGCAGACUCAGAGGAGGAAGCGAAGUCAGAACCAGUGAAAGUAAGUGCUUAUCAUCCGCAGAGUAGCAAGCUCAACGCCCUGCCAGCUGCUGAGGAGGGCAAAGAAUAUACACUAAAAGCAGUCUUUGAAAAAAAAGAAAAUGGCCUAAAAGAACCAGUUAUCCAUAUCUCAAAGGAAAUACUCCACAGGGAAAAGACCAGAGAGAUCCAGAGAGGCAGCUUAGAGAGUGGAUCAGUACACAGAACUGUGGGGAGUCCAGUGACGGAAACUAACAGUAAACAGGAAUCCUUGGGUGCUGUGCCACCCUCAGGAGAUAAGCCUCAUGCAUCCAAGGACAGUGCAGAGGUCACAGGCCCUUCCGCUAGUGGAGCAAAAGCAGGCCAGCAGGACGGAUAUCUAGAGCCAGGAUUUAGAACUGAGAAUCGGCCUAGAUUUGCCUCUGAAGAGGAAACUGGUCUUUCAAGAGAACAGAGGGGAAAAGUUUCUACUCAGGGAAGAAAUCUGUCUCGGCAGCAAGAGGGUGAUGUAGAUGCUGUGGUGAGUAAGGGUGUGAAUGAGAAGACAGGGCUUCCAGAGGAAGAGAGCAAGGAGGACCCUACAGAGGCGGGAGCACCUCACCCCAAGGCCAUACAAGGGACACAGGGGGCUGACAGCCAGGAAGUGCUGAGUGUCCAACCUGGACGGUGGGAAGCAGAGGAUGACGAUUUUCCUGAGGAACUGCUGGAGGAUGAAAACGCCGCAAGUGCACGGCAGUCUAAAGAAAACUACCCCAGUGUUCAUGAAGGGAAGUCAGGCAUGACUUCUCAAGUUUUUGAAAAAGUACUUUUGGGGACCCUUAAUCUUGACACUGAGGAAAACAAACAAGCAACUAGUAUGAUUUUGGGGGUUGGAAAAAAGAGUGAAACAACACCCAAAGAGGCAGGUGGUAUGGGCAAGGAGUCAGGUAGUGUGAUGGACAAAGAAGAUGGAAGAGCCCAGGGGCCACCUGAAGUCAAUGGCCUUCGUGAGAAAACAGCAGCUCAGCCCCCAGGCUUCAUGGAAGCCAUUCAGAGUAAAGACACUAAUGACCUGCAAAAAGACAACCCUGAGGAACUAGCCAACACCUUGGGACUUGAGAGCCCUGGGGAAGAAGAAAUAUCAGAAGAGCCUGAGGCUACCGAGAAGCUUGGAGGCUCAGAAAGCCAGGGGGAUGCUGAAGGCCUCAGGGAUGGCGCAUCCCAGCAAGCCACACCAGAAAUUCCCGACAUCGUGCUGAAGACUGUAAGGGAAGACCUACCUAUCAUAAACAGCUUCUUCAAGGAAGACCAGCAGUCCCUGUUUCGUUUCCUGAAGUACUUUGAUGUCCACGAGGUGGAGGACAUGCUGCAAGAUAUGUCCAUAAGGCUGAAAUCAGCGUAUCGGGACAGCCUGCCCUACAACGUGGAAAAAGUCCUAGAUAAAGUCUUCCGUGCCUCUGAGUCACGAAUUCUAAGUGUGACGGAGGCAAUGCUUGAUACUCAAGUGACCAAAAUCAGAGAUCUGGGGUUAAAAGAGAACAACGUGUUGGAAGAAGCUGCGGUGUUGGAUGACAUACAAGACCUGAUCUUUUUUGUCAGGUACCAAUAUUCUGGAGUGGAGACUGCCCCACUGGCCACACCUCCACCUCUGGAUGAAGGCUGGGCUGGACCAGGAGAAGAGAGACAGCCACCAAAGCAGGACAAAUUGCCACAAGAAAACAAACAAGAUCUCAGUGUGCAGCUUCCAGAGGAGUCUGGUCUCUUGGAUCAACCUGAGACUGGGCACACCAGUGCCUCAGAGUUGUCCCAGAAGCCAAAUACUGAGAAAGACACAGAUCUAGGUAAUGUCCUUAAAAGUUCUCCUGCUGGGGCUGGUGAUGCACAAAAUCAACUAGAGACAGGAGCAGAGGAGCCAGCGGAUGUCCCACCCCUGGAGACAGGAGCAGAGGAGCCAGCGGAUGUCCCACCUCUGGAGACAGGAGCAGAGGAGCCAGCGAAUGUCCCACCUCUGGAGACAGGUGCAGAGGAGCCAGCGAAUGUCCCACUUCUGAAGACAGGUGCAGAGGAGCCAGCGAAUGUCCCACCUCCGGAAAAUGCACUUGGUUCCCUGUAUUCCUUCAUUCUUUAUUUAAGUAAGAUGCUAAUUGCCACAUUGCCUGAUACCGUUCAGCCUGGCCCUGACUUUUAUGGACUACCGUGGCAGCCUGUGAUCGUAACUGCGGUUUUGGGAAUUGUUUCAUUUGCAGUUUUCUCCUGGACAUCUAUUCUUGUUGUAAAGAGUAGAGUAUAUCAAGUUUCUGAGAAGCAAAUUUCUGAAAAGUUGAAGAAUAUCAAGAAAGAAAAUGCAGAACUUAUGCAAAAAUUGACAAACUAUGAACAAAAGAUCAAAGAGUCAAAGAAAUAUGUUCAAGAGACCAAGAAACAAAAUAUUGUUCUCACUGAUGAAGCUAUUAAAUAUAAGGAUAAAAUCAAGGUACUUGAAGAAACGAAUGAAACUCUGGCCGACAAAGCCAAAAGUCUCCGUCUCGAGUUAGAGUCUGAAAGAGAGCAGAACAGCAGGCAGCAGGACGUGAUAGUGGAAAACAAGAAGUCUGUUGAGAAGUUGAAAGAUGUCAUUUCGAUGAAUGCAUCAGAACUUUCAGAGGUUCAAAUUGCCCUUAACGAAGCCAAGCUCAGUGAAGAGAGUGUAAAAUUUGAAUGCCAUCGGGUUCAAGAAGAAAAUGCCAAGCUUAAGAAGAAGGAAAAGCAGAUGCAGCAGCAGAUUGAAGAAUGGAGUAGAUCCCACGCUGAGCUCACUGAAAAGAUCAAGGCAUUUGAGAAGUCCCAGGCCGACUUAGAAGUAGCUCUUACUCACAAGGACGACAACAUUAGUGCUUUGACUAAUUGCAUUACACAGCUGAAUCGGUUAGAAUGUGAGCUUGCACCUGAGGAUCCAAAUAAAGAAGGAAAUGAGUCAGAUGAGCUGGCCAAUGGAGAAGUGGGAGGUGACAGAAGCGAGAAGAUAAAGAGUAGACUUAAGCAAAUGAUGGACAUCUCUCGGACACAAACUGCAGUCUCAAUAGUUGAAGAGGAUCUAAAACUUCUACAAGUUAAGCUAAGAGCAUCGAUGUCCACUAAGUGUAACCUGGAAGACCAAAUCAAGAAAUUGGACGACGAGCGCAACUCGCUGCAGACUGCAAAAGCUGGGCUAGAAGAUGAGUGCAAAACUCUGAGGCAGAAAGUGGAGAUCCUGAAUGAACUCUACCAGGAGAAGGAGAUGGCUCUGCAGAAGAAACUGAGUCAAGAAGAGUAUGAGCGGCAAGACAAAGAGCAGAGACUAUCGGCAGCAGACGGAAAGGUGGUUUUGGCUGCGGAGGAAGUGAAAACUUACAAGCUGCGAAUUAAAGAAAUGGAAGAAGAAUUACAGAAAACAGAGCGCUCAUUUAAAAACCAGAUUGCUGUUCAGGAGAAGAAAGCUCAUGAUAACUGGCUCAAAGCUCGUGCUGCAGAGAGAGCCCUGGCAGAGGAGAAGAGAGAAGCUGCAAACUUACGGCACAAAUUACUGGAAAUGGCCCAAAAGAUGGCAAUGAGGCAGGAUGAGCCUGUGAUUGUAACGCCACUGCCAGGAAGACCGAAUGCACAAAACCCUCCCAGGCGAGGUGUGCUGAGCCAGAACGGCUCCUUUGACCCAUCCCCUGUGAGUGGUGGAGAAUGUUCCCCUCCCCUACCUGCAGAGCCACCUGGGAGACCUCUCUCUGCCACACUCAGUCGAAGAGAUGUGCCUAGAAGUGAAUUUGGGUCGUUGGACAGAUAUUUACCUCGCCCUCGGUGGCCAUCAGAGGCAUCUGGGAAGCAGUCUGCUUCUGACCCAGGUCCAGCUCCCGCGGUGAACAGCGGCUCCAGGAGCUCCUCUCCUGCUAAGACCAUGGAUGAGGGCAAGGUUAACAUGGCUCCCAAAGGGCCCCCUCCAUUUCCAAGGGUACCACCUUUCUUGGGAGGCCCUGUGCCACCACCCAUUCGUUAUGGACCACCUCCUCCGCUCUGUGGGCCUUUUGGGCCUCGGCCACUCCCUCCACCAUUUGUUCCAGUUCCGGGCAUGCGCCCACCAAUAGGUGUAAGAGAAUAUGCACCAGGUGUUCUGCCUGGAAAGCAGGACCUGCCUGUUGACCCUCGGGAAUUUUUACCAGGACAUACACCAUUUAGACCUCCGGGAUCACUUGGUCCAAGAGAGUUCUUUAGUCCUGGCACCCGAUUACCACCUCCAGCGCAUGGUCCUCAGGACUACCGGCUGCCAUCAACUGCUGCAAGAGACUCACUACCUUCAGGCCCAAGAGAGGAAGCUCCACCUGCCUCUCCAGGCGAUGUCCAGGACCGCUCACAGGCUUCAAAACCCAGCCCCUAACUUUUCCUCUAUCACUGAGUCAGAGGAAGUGGACAGUGCAUUAUUCAUUAAAGCAAAGGAUUUCAUUGGCUUUAAAACCUAAAAGUUGGUUUUAUAAAGUUUUAGUACUAAGCUGCCUUGGCAGUGUGCAUUUUUGAGCCAAAUAAAAAAUAUUUUCCCUUCUAAGUAAGUAAAAUCACCUCUUAAGCUAUAGCGCAUCCUUCCAACUUUGAAAUGUGCAAUAAAGAAUACCUGUGUUUAGUUCAUGUAGCAUAUGUAAUGAUUGCUAAAUGAUUUAGAAUAUCAUAAAGUAUGAACAUUUCCUGUGGAAAUGCUUUAAGAUCACGUAUUUCCAUGGCCUUGGUUUAGUGUGUUUACAGCUCCAUCUGUGUCUCAAAGACUGUUACACUAAAAGUUUACUCAAGGAUCAUAAACCCCGUUGCUAAAGUUCUUUGUAGUAAUAAUAGUUCAUAAACUUUGUUUAUUAAUAUUUCCCAGUGUCUGCUGAUUCUUUGGGUUGAGACACAC